GUCGCCUGUUGACUUGGACUCGUCAACCUCCCUUCACUUCAGCCCCUCUCCCCGCCUCUCCCCCUCCUCUUCUUUACUCUUUGUUUGCCAAUAGCCCUGGGUGCCUUCGGAGCCGUUCUACUUCUCUCUUUUCGCCACAAUGUCGUCUUACUCCGACGAUGAGGAGCACGAUCCGCAAGCGGACGAGCUCCGAGAGACCGCCCUGGUCACCCUGGAAACCUUGAUCAGCUCUUGCAGCACCCAGAUGCAGUCGUACAUGCCGAAUACCAUCAAUGCGGCCCUCCGAUACCUCAAAUACGACCCGAACGUCGCCGACGCCGAAGAAGAUGAGGAAAUGGGCGGGACCCAAGACGAUGGUUCUGAAGAUGACGUAACGGAGGAGCCGGACCUCGACGACGAUGAGUUCGAGGAUUUCGAGGAAGAAGGGGGAUACAGUGACAUCGAUGACAUGAGCUGGAAGGUCCGCCGAUGCGCAGCUAAGCUGCUUUAUUCCGUGAUCUCUACCUACUCGCGUGGUCGCGCGUCGGAGGAUGCUUCCUUGUAUCAGCAAAUCUCCCCCGCCCUUAUCGCCAGGUUCAACAAGGAACGGGAAGAAAGCGUGAAGCUCGAAGUGGUUUCUACCAUGACUGCUCUUGUUCGGAAGACUGGGGAAGGUGCGAUGAUCAUCACUUCAAGUGGAUUCCUCGAGUCCGUGGGUGGCUCGAAGAACUCUCGGAAGAGGAGACGCCAGGAUAGUGAUGCUAGUAUGAUUGACUUCGAGCCUAGUAUCGGCACCUCGUCCGCCGUCAGCACUCCAGUGGUCGUUCCCUCUUCUCCCAAGUCUGGUCCGCAGGCAGAAUUGGCUCACUCAGUGCCGAUCAUCGUGCAGAGUGUUGUCAAGAUGUGGAAGCAGGCUUCUGUACCCCUCAAGCAAGCCAUCAUUGUCCUGCUCAAGAGCCUGGCGCUCGUUCGCUACGGUGGCUUGGCCGAUCAUCUCCAGCAGAUCGAAGACCCCAUAGCCGAUGUUUUGAAGACCUCUCUCUCGGGCAGUUCCGCUUCGGUCGGGACCUCGACCAGUGCAGGAACCCUUCAAACCGAAACCUUGGGCCUCAUUGCUGCCGUCGCCGAAACGCACACCUCUGACGCUCUUCUUCCGUUCCUGAUCGCGCUAAUUCCAGGCGUUAUUGGAGCCGUCAAUGAUAGGAACUACAAGGUCAGCAGUGAGGCACUCGGAGCCGUGGAGCAAAUUGUGAAAGCACUUACGCCGCCUCGAGUCGCAAGUGCCUCUCAGGAUCUCGCAUCACAACUGGAAAAGCUGUAUGAUGUCGUCCAUGCUCGCAUCACUGACACGAGUGCCGACCUGGAAGUGCGCCAGCGGGCCAUUCACGUCUUUGGUGUCCUUUUAGCCCGGACAUCUGGAGAGCACGGCUCCUCUUUCCUCUCCCAUGACCGACGCUUCAAGGGACUCUCCGUCUUGGUAGAACGACUGAGGAACGAGACUACGCGGCUCGCAUCCAUCCGGGCUGUUGAUGAUGUUGCCGUUCUCUGCGCCAACGAUGCGGAUGUCACCCCGGCGUGGGUUGGAGAAGUCACUACGGAGCUUGGCGCGCAGCUGCGGAAGUCUGACCGUGUUCUGCGGGGCGCCAGCUUGGAGGCCCUCCGAAGCUUAGCCAUGAACCCUUCCACCAGAACCCACUACGAUGGCAAGACCAUGAAGGAGUUGGAAGAAUGCCUUCUGCCCCUCAUCAGCGCAGACGAUUUCCAUUCCCUAGCACCGUCACUGAUCAUUCUGGCGAAGCUUGUUCCAGGAAAUGGUUCACUUUUGGUGAAUGACAACCUGAUCUCUGCUCUCUGCUCGAUCGUCUUCUCUUCGCUCGUCGGAACCGUGCUCAAAUCCCUGCUCCUGCUGGUCAAAGUCAUCGGAGAAGAGGGUGCUGGCGCAGCGCUCAUGAAGAAACUUCUGCGCGAUGUUGGCAUCAACGGCGACACGUCUGUGGUUGGAAGGGCCAUCGGAACACUCUUGGUGCACGGUGGAUCAAACUUGGGGGUCAAGAUGGAGGAUUUCAUGACAGAGCUGCAAACCGCGCAAGAUGCUCAACGUAAAUGCCUUGCUCUUGCGAUCCUGGGAGAAAUUGGUCUUCGGAUGGGCUCCAAUUGCUCGCUGACACCGCCACUUUUUAUCGCCCACUUCGGCUCCAAGUCGGACAAGGUUCGUCUAGCGGCAGCGGCGGCUCUUGGAAAUGCAGCAGCUGGCAACGUGAAAACCUACUUGCCAUUCAUCCUGGGUGGUCUGGAGAAGGGCAAUCCGCACAGCUAUCUGCUUCUUCAUUCCGUGAAGGAACUCCUCCAGCAUCCCGAGAUUGUCCGACCCGAUGUAGCCCCUUCAGCCAUCAAGUUGUGGCGCGCGCUGCUACUCGUGUCGGAGGAGGAAGACAACCGAGCUGUCGGUGCCGAAUGCGUGGGCCGGCUCGCCCUGAUCGAUCCGGUUGUUUACAUCCCGCACUUCCAGGAUUAUCUUUCCAGCCCCGACCCGAGCAUCCGCAGCGUUGUCAUAUCUGCAUUCCGUUACACCCUAUCGGACCCUCGCCACACAUACAAUGACGUCCUGAGACCGGUGAUUGUCCCCCUCUUGGUCAACAUGCUCAGCGACCGCGAUCUGGGCAACCACCGUCUGGCAUUGACAACCCUCAACUCCGCCAUUCACAACAAGAUGGACAUUCUCCUCCCUCACCUCAACGAGCUCCUUCCCGCCGUCUUCGGCGACGCCAAAAUCAAACCCGAACUCAUCCGCGAAGUCCAAAUGGGUCCCUUCCGCCACCGAGUCGACGAUGGCCUCGAGCUCCGCAAGUCCGCCUACGAAACCCUAUACGCCUCCAUCGACAGCGCCUUCUCCCUCAGUCACGUCAACGAGUUCUUCAACCGGAUCAUUGCCGGCAUCGACGACGAGCAAGACAUCCGCACGAUCUGCAACCUCAUGACCUCCAAGCUCAUCCACCUCGCCCCCGACGAAACCCAACGCCACCUGGACGCCCUCUCGGAACGCUACAGCGCCAUCCUCGCCUUCAAGCCCAAGGAAAACGCUGUGAAGCAGGAACUCGAGAAGGCGCAGGAGGCCUCACUGGGUAUUCUCAAGAUCAGUCGCGAGUUGAGCAAGGCGUUCCCUAACGCCGAGGUGGCGGGGGAUCAUCAUAAGUGGAAGGUUUAUAUGGAGGGGACGAGGAAAAACUUUGGGCCGCAGUUGAAGAUUAUUGAUGCUGAGGCUUAGGGUCUGGGCUCGGCUUUGAGUCUAGAUCUGUGAUGGGGGUGAUUUCUUGAUUCGAUUUCAUCUUGUUUUCAUUUCCGAGAAAGAAAGGAAGGACGGAAUUAUCUGUCUUUAAAUUUAAACUCGUGAAAAAAGCGGACGCAUCGCAUGGCAUAGUCUGUUAUGCAAGUAAUGGUUUAAUGAUUAUGGACGGACAUGAA